AUGCGUAAUCUGAACAAUAAUGCAUUUGAUUAUGACCUUUUUCCCGACCAUUUUUGUCGCCUUUUUUUUUAUCUCGUCUUUUAUCUCGAACAUUUUCUCGCCUUUUUCAUCGCUUUUUUUUCUCGAUCUUUUUCCAGUCUUUCUUCGGAAAUCUUUUUUUUUUUUUCUCGAUCUGUUUCCAGUCUUUCGUCCUUUUCUCGAAUCGCUUUUUUUUUCUUGUCUGUUUUAUCCCGCCAUUUUUGUCGCCUUUUUUUUUUUUUUAUCUCGUCUUUUAUCUCAAACAUUUUCUCGGUCUUUUCUCGUCGUUUUUAUCGCAUUUCUCGUCCUUUUUCUCGCCUUUUUUCUCGUCUUUGUUUUUUUGCUUCGUAUAUUUCCGUCAAUGUUUCUUCUUCUAACUUUUAUCAUUUUUUUUCACAUCUUUCCUCAUAUAUUUCUCCUAUACUUUUCUCCUCUUUCUUUCUCAUGUUUCCUCAUAUUUUCAUGAUUUUUGUACUUGAUUUUUCUUUUUAUUUUCAGUCAAUACUUUCUCACCUAUUUCUUUUCUUCAUUUUUUUUCUAAUUUUCCUGUUUAUUUCUGCUGACCUCAUUUUUUGCCCGCCUUUUUCUCAUCUAUUUUCUUGUUUUUUUUUUCCUGACUUUUCUUUUUCUUUCCUUUUGCCCCCAUAUUUGUAUAUUCUCCUCCUCUUUACCUACAUGUUUAUAUUUUCCCUCUCUUUGUCUAUAUCUGUCCAUUCUCCCUCUCUUUAUCUACAUGUUCAUAUUCUCUCUCUCUCUCUUUGCUUUCAUGUAUCUAUUAUCCCUCUCUUUAUCUACAUGUGUAUAUUCCCCCCUCUCAAGGACGAUAUAAAUAUAUUCUCCCUCUCUUUGACUAUGCAUGUGUAUACCCCCUCUCAUUGGCAAUAUGUGUAUAUCCUCCCUAUCUUUGCCUACAUGUAUACAUUCUCUCUCUCUCUCUCUCUUUACCUACAUGUUAUCUAUCUAUCUAUAUAUCUCAUACUGUUUACAAUCUAUCUUAAUUUGAAUCUAUCUAUCUAUCUAUCUAUCUAUCUAUCUAUCUAUCUAUCUAUCUAUCUAUCUAUCUAUCUAAUUCUGAUUCUACCUAUCUAUCUAAUUAUCUAUCUAUCUAUAUAUCUCAUACUGUUUACAAUCUAUCUUAAUUUGAAUCUAUCUAUCUAUCUAUCUAUCUAUCUAUCUAAUUCUGAUUCUACCUAUCUAUCUAAUGUUGAUAGUAUCUAUCUAUCUAUAUAUCUCAUACUUAUCUAUCUAUCUAUAUAUCUCAUACUGUUUACAAUCUAUCUUAAUUUGAAUCUAUCUAUCUAUCUAUCUAUCUAUCUAUCUAUCUAUCUAUCUAUCUAUCUAUCUAAUUCUGAUUCUACCUAUCUAUCUAAUGUUGAUAGUAUCUAUCUAUCUAUAUAUCUCAUACUGUUUACAAUCUAUCUUAAUUUGAAUCUAUCUAUCUAUCUAUCUAUCUAUCUAUCUAUCUAUCUAUCUAUCUAUCUAUCUAAUUCUGAUUCUACCUAUCUAUCUAAUGUUGAUAGUAUCUAUCUAUCUAUAUAUCUCAUACUGUUUACAAUCUAUCUUAAUUUGAAUCUAUCUAUCUAUCUAUCUAUCUAUCUAUCUAUCUAUCUAUCUAUCUAA